GUUUGUUGUUCCUCUGAUGACCUGGACAGGAAUUUAAAAAGGGAGAUAUCAGUAUUUUCUGAAGCUUUGCGUGGAAAUGAUGGACCUGGGUCAGGUCAAAUUUCACUUGAAUUCUUCCAGAAGAAAAAGAAUAGAUGGCCCUUUCAGCCAGAACGUAUUCCAUGGGAAGUUUGGACUGUGAGACUUGAGCUUAUUAAACUUAAUAAUGAACAUGAACGGCAGGUAUGCAGGGAGAGGGUAGGUGAUAUGCUGACUGAAAAAAUCCUCUAUAUUGCUGAAGUGAUGAAUAGGCAUGACUAUGUUCCAAAAAUGCCAAAUCAGUCAGAGUUGGACCUCAUUUUUGACACAUCUUAUGCAGAUGUGCAGCCAUAUUUAUUUAGG